AUGAGUGCCACAAAGGCGCAGUCUCAAAAGAUCUUUGAGAAGGCCAAACUGAAGCCCGCGAACAAGGUGUGCUUCGACUGCGGCUCUAAGAACCCAACGUGGUCUUCGGUUCCAUUCGGUAUUUACCUAUGCCUUGAUUGUUCGGCUCACCACCGUAAUCUCGGUGUGCACAUCUCCUUUGUCCGAUCAACAAACCUCGACCAGUGGCAAUGGGAGCAACUGCGGGUUAUGAAGGUUGGCGGAAAUGAGUCUGCGACCAAGUAUUUCCAAUCGCACGGAGGUUCCGCUGCUCUGGCGAGCAAGGACACCAAGGUCAAAUACACGUGCAAUGCGGCUGUCAAGUAUAAGGAGGAACUCAAGAGGCGCGCCGCGCUGGAUGCGCAACAGUACCCCGGGGAAGUCAUCAUCACAGAUAUCCCCGCUGGCACUCCCUCGGAUGGCUCCAACACUCCUGCUGGCGACGGCGACGACGAUUUCUUUUCCUCCUGGGAUAAGCCCUCGAUCAAGCGCCCGAGCAAUCCCCCAUCGCGCACCAAAAAGAGCGCCUCUCCCGCACCAACUGCUAUCCGGCCCACCAGUGUUACUCGGAAGACCUCUACUACAGCUACCUCUGCGAAGAAGGGCAGUGUCCUCGGUGCCAAGAAGGCACCCAAGCUCGGGGCUAAAAAGGUUGCCGCUGCGGAUAUUAUUGAUUUCGAUGAGGCAGAGCGCAAGGCCAAAGAAGAAGCCGAGCGCGUCGAAAAGCUUGGCUACGACCCCGAGGCUGAGCAGGCGGAAGCCGAGGCCAAGAAGGCCACAGCUGCCGCCGCCGUCCCGAUCGCUUCUCCUAUCCCAGUCAGCCCUGCUGGCAAGUCCAAUGACCGAAACUCGGGUGAUGUGGAGCGACUAGGCAUGGGUGUAAGCAGACUUGGCUUUGGCCAGGUGUCGAAGCCCGCUGCCCCCAAGAAGCCAACCUUUGGCUCUGUUGGCCCUGCCAAACCCAACCCUGCCGAUGAAGCGGAACUAACCCAGACCAGAACCCGAUUUGGCACUCAGAAGGGUAUCUCGUCCGAUGAAUUCUUUGGACGGGAGCGGUUUGAUCCCGCCGCCCAGUCGGAGGCCAAGGAUCGUCUCCGUCAAUUUGAUAGCGCUACAUCCAUUUCCAGCAACACCUACUUCGGCCGGCCCGAGGAUGAAGUCAAUUCACUUGACGAUGGUUAUGGUGAUAUGGAGGUUGCUGCUAAAGAUUUCAUCCGCCGCUUUGGUAUCACCGCUGGAGAUGAUAUUGAGAACCUGUCGCAUCUUGUCGGUGAAGGCGCAACUAAGCUACAAGGUGCUAUCCGCAACUAUCUGAACAACUAA